GGGUACACCUCUAGAAAUAGCAUAAUCUGUAUACACAACCUCAAACCCAGAAGGCCAGCAGUGCGUGCGCCCUUUUCUUCGCUCACAUUCAUCCCGCGUGCUCUCUCUCUCUCUCUCUCUCGGGCCGUGGCGUCGAGUGGGCGACCGCCGCCACCCCCGUGCCGUGCGCUCUCUCUCUCUCUCUCGUGUCGACGGGUGGGUGGGCGACCGUAGGCCGCCGCCGCCGCCUAGGCCAGGUGCCCAGGUCGACCUUCAACAGCGACGAGCAUCCACCAGAUUUCUACAUGAGUGUGAUCUUCCUAUUGUGAAUUCAGACGCAAUCAAGUAUGGCUUCAAUGGCAAUCAUUAGGAGAAGGAAGUAUUUCUUGGAUCAUGUUAACACACCUACCAUUUCAUCGUCUGCUUUCUUUACAUUCCAACAUGGAAGACUCGGUUUGGAGGUUGAGCCAAGAACAGAACAGCGAUUUCUCGAGCAUAGUUCUGGGGAUUCCAAAUGCGAGAAGGAGCAACACAAUAUGAAUUUGAUAAAAAAGGAUCUACUAGGUCUUGGUAAUGGGUUUUGGCAACGUCCAUCUUAUGUGAUUUCUCUUUCUCAUGGUGGAUUUGGAAGGAAUGAAUUUAGAUUGCCUCUGAGCCUGGGAGCUAGAUCUUUGCUGCAGUCGGUCCGCACAGCAUCAACUGCAACAGCAAGGCAGCCUAAGAUGGAUACAGAUGAUGAACAGAGCGAGGACCACAAGCAAAAUAAAAGGAAAAAGGAGGCAUCCCCAGAAGAAUGUGAUCAGGCUGUGGAAGGCCUCAGCACUGCAAAAGCUAAGGCUAAAGCUAAACAGGUACAAGAAUCUCUGAAGGUUGGCCAAUCAAUUAUACAGAAAUUUUGGGCAAGAGUCCUGGGUGUGGGCCCUGCUCUUCGUGCUGUUGCUUCAAUGAGCAGGGCUGAUUGGGCAGCAAAACUUAAGCAUUGGAAGGAUGAAUUCGUUUGUACACUGCAGCAUUACUGGUUAGGGACAAAACUACUCUGGGCAGAUGUUAGGAUCUCAUCAAGAUUGCUGGUGAAACUUGCUGGGGGGAAGAGCCUUUCAAGAAGAGAGAGGCAACAGCUGACACGCACAACAGCAGAUAUCUUCAGGCUGGUUCCGUUUGCUGUGUUCAUCAUUGUUCCAUUCAUGGAAUUCUUACUGCCAGUCUUCCUCAAGUUAUUUCCAAACAUGCUUCCAUCAACUUUCCAGGACAAAAUGAAGGAAGAGGAAGCAUUAAAAAGGAAAUUGAAAGCAAGGAUGGAGUAUGCAAAAUUUUUGCAAGAUACCGCAAAAGAAAUGGCAAAGGAAGUUCAAACAUCUCGUAGCGGAGAAACAAAACAAACAGCUGAAGAUCUGGACGAAUUUUUGAAUAAGGUUAGGAGAGGUGGACGUGUCUCUAAUGAUGAAAUCUUGAAUUUUGCAAAGCUAUUCAAUGAUGAACUUACUCUGGAUAACAUGAACAGACCACGCUUGGUAAAUAUGUGCAAAUAUAUGGGUAUCCGGCCUUUUGGUACAGAUCACUACAUGAGGUUCAUGCUUCGCAAAAAACUUCAGGACAUUAAGAAUGAUGAUAAACUGAUUCAAGCUGAGGGAGUUGAAUCUCUCUCUGAAGAAGAGCUCCGGCAAGCCUGCCGGGAACGUGGUCAUCUAGGCCUGCUGUCAACUGAAGAGAUGUGCCAGCAGCUCCGAGACUGGUUGGACCUAUCACUUAAUCAUGCUGUGCCAUCUUCACUUCUCAUACUUUCAAGAGCCUUUACUGUGUCUGGGAGAAUGAAGCCAGAGGAGGCUGUUGUAGCAACACUAUCUUCUUUACCAGACGAAGUUGUGGAUACAAUUGGGACAGUAUUGCCAUCUGAAGAUUCAGUUUCUGAAAGGAGGAGAAAAUUAGAAUUCCUUGAGAUGCAGGAAGAACUUAUCAAGGAGGAAGAGAAAAAGAAAGAGAAAGAAGAAAAGGCAAAACAAAAGAAAGAAGAGGCAAAGAUGAAGGAACCAGAAACUGCUGAAGAAGAUUUAGCUUUGAAGGAAAUGACUGAUGCUACUGCUAGGGAAGAACUGAGAAAAGCAAAAGAACAUGACAAAGAGAAGCUCUGUAAUAUCAGCCGUGCCUUGGCUGUGCUCGCAUCUGCAUCUUCUGUUAGCAAGGAGCGUCAAGAGUUUCUGAGCCUCGUCAAUAAAGAGAUAGAGCUAUAUAACUCCAUGCUCAAAAAAGAGGGUACUGAAGGUGAAGAAGCAGCUAAAAAAGCAUAUAUAGCCGCUAGGGAAGACCCAGACAAUGAUGCUGAGGCUGCUGCAGAAGAAAAGGUCUCGUCGGCGUUGAUUGAGAAGGUUGAUGCUAUGCUUCAAGAAUUAGAAAAGGAGAUUGAUGAUGUGGAUGCACAAAUUGGAAACCGUUGGCAGCUGCUUGAUAGGGACCACGAUGGCAAGGUGACUCCUGAGGAGGUGGCCGCAGCUGCUGCCUAUCUGAAGGACACCAUCGGGAAGGAAGGCGUGCAAGAGCUCAUCACCAACCUUUCGAAGGACACAGAAGGAAAGAUCCUCGUGGAAGAUAUCGUGAGGCUAGCAUCGCAAACAGAGGAACACAACGACGACGAAGAGCAAUCACGGCAGUAGGUGGAAACAGCCCGAGUAUCUAGAUGGGUGGCCUAUUAUUUCAGGAAGAAAACUACCAACCUCUCAGUUACUUGAUGGCUGUGCCUGGUUAAUCAGAAGGCAGUACAGGCGUUUUUGGUGCCCCUAGUCAGAGACCCCGGUAGAAUAACUCGUUGCUGUAAAGAUGGUGUGACUGUGACAUGCAUACAAGUGAUAGGGUACUCUACAGAGUUGUGGUUCGGCAGGUAGUUCGCAACCGAAAUUUUGACUGGUUGCUGUGAAAGUGGAAAUACAGUUCGGUUUUGUCUUAAAGCUACCCUCAAUUCUAAAAAAAUUGUCUUCUCUUGAGUCUAAAAGUAGACGGGUGACUAAUGUGGAAAUGAAUUAGGAUGUUUAUGUACUCCCCCUGUUUAAAUUAUAGAGCAUUUUAACUUUUUGGAGAUUCA